AUGGCUCACGAGGAUCUCGUCGUCGGCCGCGAUGACCUCGUCGCAGGGGAGGGAGACCGCAGCGAAGUUGAAGCCAAGGACGAUGCUGCUCUAUUGCGGACAAUGGGCUACAAGCCGGUCCUGCAUCGGACAUACAGCUUGUUCGAGAACUUCGCCACGACCUUUGCCGCGCUCUACUUCGUCGGCGGCGUGCGCGUCACGUUCAGUACUGGUAUCGCUGCUGGUGGUAACUUGGCCUACUGGACGAGUUAUCUUGUCACCAUGGUCUUCACGUUCAUCACCGCCGCUGUCAUCGCCGAGGUCUGCUCGGCGUCCCCGUCUGCGGGGUCUAUUUACCUCUGGGCGGCUGAGGCCGGUGGACCGCGCUUUGGUCGGCUGUUGGGGUUCAUUGUUGCGUGGUGGAGCACGACGGCGUGGACGACAUUCUGUGCCAGCAACACCCAAUCUGCCGCAAACUAUAUGCUUUCGGAAUUGACCGUCUUCAACGUCGACUUCCCCAAAGACACCGACAGCGUCAAGUUCCGCGCCGUCCAGUGGAUCUGCACCGAGAUCCUGCUCGCCCUGGCCGCACUACUGAACUUCAUGCCGCCGCGCUUCUUCAAAUGGGUGUUCUGGUUCUCCGCCGCCGUCGUCAUGCUCGACUUCGUCCUCAACCUCAUCUGGCUCCCCAUCGGCACCCUCCACACCUGGGGCUUCCGCACCACCCACGAGGCCUUUAUGACCACGUACAACGGCACCGGUGCCCCGCCCGGCUGGAAUUGGUGUCUGUCGUACUUGGCUACUGCGGGUAUUCUGAUUGGCUUUGAUGCGUCGGGCCAUGUUGCCGAAGAGACUAAGAAUGCCUCGGUUACUGCUGCGCGUGGUAUCUUCUGGAGUACCGUUGCCAGUGGGUUUGGUGGGCUUGCUACUAUCAUUUUGUUCUUGUUCUGUGCUCCUACUACGGACAAGCUGAUGAGUUUCGGGUCUCCCCAACCCUUUGUCCCUCUCUAUGCCGCUGUGCUGGGCAGAGGAGGGCACAUUUUCAUGAACAUCAUCUGCGUGCUUGCUCUGUGGCUGAACACCGCCAUCGCCAUCAUCGCCGCCUCUCGUCUUGUCUUCGCCGUCGCCCGUGACGGCGUUCUCCCCUUCUCAGGCUGGGUCUCGCGCGUCAAAUCCGGCCAGCCCCGCAACGCCGUGAUCGUCGUGUGGGCCGUCGCCGCCAUCGUCACCUGCACCAUCCUGCCGUCCAACGUGGCCUUCACGUCGCUGGUGUCGGCCGCCGGCGUGCCCAGUGCCGCUGCGUACGGCCUGAUCUGUCUGGGGCGGCUGCUGUGCACCCCGAAGCGAUUCCCCACGCCGCAGUGGAGUCUGGGGCGCUGGAGCAAGCCGUUCCAGCUGAUUGGCGUUUUUUGGAACGGGUGGGUUGUGGCCAUUUUGUUUUCGCCGUAUGAAUGGCCUGUUACGGGGGAGAGCUUGAACUAUGCCCCUAUCAUUAUGGCUGGUGUCACCAUCUUCGCUUUGAUCUCCUACUUUGUCAUGCCCGAAAGUGCCUGGCUACCCAGGAACCGGAUCACGGAGUUUAUCGACAGCAAGGGCGCUGUCGAGACUGUCGAGGAAGUCAGUGGCUCGGAGCGCGGCGAGCCAAGUCACCGAUGA